GAUAUUUCAUAUCAGCGAUCGGGUGACCGGGAGAGGACGGAGGAGGGUGAGUUGGGGUCAAAAAGAUAUCAAGAUUUUUCGCUCAUUAUAAUUACUAAGUUGUUGCAAUUUACAAUUAUCGCAAAAUGUUGCAUGUAAUAGCGAGACGAGUACCUUUACAGAGAAUAACAAUUAUUCCUUUACGAACGUACAGUGCAGAGGCUACGAGUACUAAUCAAUCUACCGUGACUACUAAUGUGUUAGGUCUCAGUGAAAAUGUCGUCAAAGUACCAAACACACCUGUAGGACCUGGUGCCUCCAAAAAUAAGGAAUACAAAAAUCCUGAAUAUUUUUGUUACCAUGUGGACUCAUUCGGAGAAGCUGAAGUAGAAUUAGCAAAAUACAGAUUACCAGUACCAUCUAAUAAGAAACCUUUCCAUAGGUAAAUAAAUCAAGAGAAAAAAAAAACAUUUACAUGUAGCGAAAUAAAAAUAAUUAUAUGAAAUAAUGAAAUUAGGAAAAAAAUAGGAUAUAAAAUGAGAUGUGGUAAUGAUGGACAGAUGUAUUGUAUUCAAAAUUAUAUUAUUAUAAAGAAAAAGAGAAAAAUAGAUUUAAUAUAUUAUUCAUCUA